CUGUAGUGUAGUGCAACUUGGUGGGUUGGUGAGCUUGCAAAUCUUGUGAUACGGAGUAUACAACUGUGUCAAAGCGCCGAGUUAACUCAAUUGUCGGCCAUGGCUUAAUCUCUCUCUCUUUCUCUCUCCUCGUUUUUUAAUUCAACCCAGAAAUUAAAGUGAGAAAGUGGUUUUGUAACUCCACCCAAAUUUCAUUUUCUUUAAUCCUUCGAUCUUCUUUUCAUCUCCCCUUUACGCUCAAUUUACGCAAUAUCAAAUUCUAAUUCUUUGAUUCUUUCCUCUUUUAUGUUACGAUUCUAGGGAUAUUCCUUUUAAUUUCACAUUUUUAACGAAGAUCCUUGAAGAUCUGAUUCUAAUCAUUUUCAAUUUCCCCCAAUUUUCCUUUUCCUUUUGUAGAUUUGGGGAAAAUGGGUUGCCGAUUAAACCAUAGAAAUAGUUUGUUUACUUUCCGAUUUGCUGUUCUGUCGAUUUUUGUCAUUGGGUUGCUGCUUGCUUCUGCUAUCUCAGCUCAGGAAAGUGGUGAUGAUGAUCAGAAUGAGAGGGUUGGGGGAUCAGUAAAGGAUUUGGGACGGCGUAGUAAGAUUGUGCUGGAGCACCUGGGAAAAGAUGCUGAUUCCAUACAUUUGGGCAUAAAUUUGGACUCUGGUUUAGGAGUUUUUGAUGCCUUCUUUGCAAGUUUAUGUAUGAUACUUGUGAGCGAGAUCGGAGAUGAGACAUUUAUCAUAGCAGCUUUAAUGGCAAUGCGUCAUCCAAAGUCCAUUGUAUUAUCUGGAGCUCUCAGUGCCUUGGUUGUGAUGACAGUUCUCUCUACUGGACUUGGUAGGAUAGUUCCAAAUUUGAUAUCAAGGAAGCAUACAAACAGUGCAGCUACAGUUCUUUAUCUAUUUUUUGGUUUGCGUCUGCUUUACAUUGCUUGGAAGUCUGAUCCUAAAGCAUCACAGAAGAAGGAAAUGGAAGAGGUUGAAGAGAAGCUUGAGGGAGGACAAGGCAAAACAUCCAUACGCCGUUUCUUAUCAAGAUUUUUAACUCCUAUAUUCUUGGAGUCAUUUAUUCUCACCUUCUUGGCUGAAUGGGGGGAUCGUAGUCAGAUUGCUACAAUUGCUCUGGCCACACACAAAAACGCGUUGGGCGUAUGUGUGGGGGCCAUACUGGGCCAUUUGGUCUGCACUUCAGUAGCUGUGGUGGGAGGAAGCAUGUUGGCGUCCAGGAUCUCGCAACGCACAGUUGCCACCGUCGGUGGCUUCCUCUUUUUAGGAUUCUCCUUAUCAUCAUACUUCUAUCCUCCACUAUAGUACAAACUUAUGAAUUUGUUGGCUACCCUCAUUCAUGUAAUGUCAUCAUGUCACUAAAAUUCUUUUCUUUCCUUCUCUCUAUUCAGAAUCUCCUUUACAGUAUUUCCUUUUUUAAAAAAAAAAGAUAUAGUAGUAUACUAGUAUACUAGUAUGUUAGCUUUCCUUUUAACGUCUGUUAGGGGUGUAAAAUUUUUGAUCAUGUAAAGGAAGGGAAAGUUUCCCAUUUUCUUCUACCAUAAA